AAGAAAUUGUUGUCUAGUUGUCAACUGAUUUAGUCUCUUGUCCCACUUAUAUCAUCCAUAAAAAAGCAUGAAUUCUAAGUCUAAUUCAUCAAAAAGACACAACUCAGACAAUUAAAAAAACUCAACCAUUUUCAAGCUGGUCAUGCAUAUGAACUUAGAUUCAUCACAUAUACUAAAAUAUACUAUCCCUACCAUCAACAAAAUUCAGUCACGAGUAACGUACGCGUGCACGGGUACUUUACCAUAUUUGGAAUACCCAUUCUUCAGAGGUAGGGGCCAAUGUGUCAUAGUGCAGAGGCUUGUAUGUCCAAUUCUGGUGAUUGUGCACCAAUUUCUCCGCAUGCAUAUAUAGGUGUUCUUUUCACUUGAAAAUAGAACGUGUGUAAAAUAAAUUCGUCUAUAUCAUCAUUCAUACACGGACAAAACAAAAAAACCAUCUCCACUCCACUCUUGAUUUAACGAUCUUAUAAUUAAUAUGGUCCCCCCAAUCCCCUUUAUAUAAACUUUAAUCCAUGAAAUGGAACAAUAUAUAUAGCCCCACUCAUUCAUUCUUCUAUUUCAACCAACAAAAACCUUCCCUAUUCUCUUACUAUAUGAAAUAUAUGCACACAUAACAUAACAAUGUUGUUUAUUAGUGUAAUCUUAAAUGUUCCUUUGGCUUCAACAAUAUUCAUCUUAGUGACUUUAAUGGGAGGAUUAGUGGGUUAUCUCUAUUGGCCAUUUUGGAAGUUAAGGAAAGUUCCAGGCCCACCAUCUCUGCCUCUUGUAGGACACCUUCCAUUGCUAGCAAAGUAUGGUCCUGACGUUUUCUCAGUCCUUGCUAAGCAAUAUGGCCCUAUCUACAGAUUUCAUAUGGGAAGACAACCUCUUAUAAUCAUAGCAGAUGCAGAGCUUUGUAAAGAAGUGGGAAUUAAAAAAUUCAAAGAAAUUCCAAACAGAAGCAUUCCUUCUCCUAUCUCUGCUUCUCCUCUUCACCAAAAAGGUCUAUUCUUCACCAGGAACUCACAAUGGUCUACGAUGAGAAAUACCAUAUUAUCAGUAUACCAACCAUCACACUUAGCCAACUUAGUGCCUAAAAUGCAAUCAUUUAUUGAAUCAGCAACCCAAAAUCUUGAUGACACCUCAAAAGAAGACAUAAUAUUUUCAAAUCUUUCCCUAAGACUAGCAACUGAUGUUAUUGGAGAUGCAGCAUUUGGUGUCAACUUUGGUCUCUCUAAGCCUCAUUCAAUUUGUGAAUCAAUGAACAAUGUAGAACAAUCAAGUGCUAAUAGUGAUGAAGUAUCAAUUUUCAUCAAUCAACACAUUUACUCCACAACACAACUUAAGAUGGACUUGUCUGGUUCCUUCUCAAUUAUAAUUGGCCUAAUUGCUCCUAUUCUUCAAGAGCCAAUAAGGCAGAUUUUGAAGAGAAUACCAGGCACUAUGGAUUGGAAAAUGGAGUGUACAAAUAAAAAUUUAACCGGUCGUCUUGAUGAUAUUGUUAAGAAGAGAAUGGAAGAUAAAAGCCGAACUUCAAAGAACUUCUUGUCGCUUAUAUUGAAUACAAGAGAGUCGAAGAGUGUGUCGGAGAAUGUGUUUUCAUUUGACUACAUAAGUGCCGUUACUUAUGAACACUUACUUGCCGGCUCGGCUACCACAUCUUUUACAUUGUCAUCUAUUGUUUAUUUGGUUGCUGGUCAUCCAAAUGUUGAGGAAAAAUUGCUUCAAGAGAUUGAUGGAUUUGGUCCACAUGAUAAGAUACCUAAUGCUAAAGAUCUCAAUGAAAGUUUUCCAUACCUUGAUCAGGUGAUUAAAGAGGCAAUGAGGAUUUACACCGUCUCUCCAUUAGUUGCUAGAGAAACAUCAAAUGAAGUAGAAAUAGGAGGUUACCUUCUUCCAAAGGGAACAUGGGUAUGGUUAGCACUUGGAGUUCUAGCAAAAGACUCAAGAAACUAUGCAGAGCCAGAAAAAUUCAAACCAGAGAGGUUUGACCCAAAAUGUGGAGAAAUGAAACGAAGGCACCCUUAUGCAUUCAUACCAUUUGGAAUAGGUCCAAGGGCAUGUAUUGGACAGAAAUUUUCUUUGCAAGAGAUCAAGCUUACUUUGAUUCAUUUGUAUAGAAAAUAUAUAUUUCGUCAUUCACUUAACAUGGAAAAACCUGUAGAACUUGAAUAUGGUUUAGUUCUUAACUUCAAGCAUGGUAUCAAGCUUAGAGUAAUAAAAAGAACAUAAGUACAUAACAGUAUUGUUUAUGUAAACCAUCUAGAUUGUACUAUUGAUGUAGUGAAUAAUUAAUUGUUCUCUCCUCUCUUGAA